AUGGUCGCCGCCACGCGGUCGUCGCUGCCGACGCCGCGGCGCGCCGCGGCUGGGCGGCCCGGGCUGCCGGGGACCGCGGGAGCUCGCCGCGGGAGCUCGCCGCCGCGGACGGGCGCGCGGGGGAGCUGGCUAGAUGUCGCGGUGGGGCCGCCGGACAAGCGGACGCCGUCAGGUGAGCUCCAGCAGCGCGACAGCAGGACGCCAUCGUUGCUUCUGGUGGGGCCGCCCGAGUCAGAGCCUGUCGCGGUCGAGCCGGCCGAGCCCCCCGCGGACGAGGUCGACACGAGGCCGAUAUGGCAUCCCGACGUCAUCCGCGAGAAGUUGGAGCGGGAGGAGGCGGAGCAAGGCGCGGCGUUGGCACUUGAGGGCGAGGGGCUGCGGCAGGUGCCGGCGCUGUUGCUGGCGGAGGAGCGCCCUCCCACGGAGCAGGAGAUGCAGCGCGUCGAGGGCCACAGGUGGAAGUUCCACGGGGCUGCCGAGUUCGCGCAGGAGAGCCAGGGCUUCUGCAGCUUCGUCGGAUGCCUGCUGGACCUGCAGGAGCGCGUCCAGCUGGACGAGGAGGGCCCUGCCAUGGAGGCGAAAUUGGCGCUCGCCUGCAAGACGUUCGUGCGCGGCCAGUGCAUAGGGCAUCGCUCGGGCGACAUGUACCACCUCCUCGCGCACUUCCUGAGCAAUGCGCCCAUCUUCGACCAGUGGCAGAGCUUCUUGACCACCAUGCUGCAGAGCGAGCGGGCCAACGAGGAGAGCUUCUUCACCGCCCACGUGGAGCAGGUGUGGAGCCGCUUCACCAGGUUUCGCUCGGUCCUGGAGAGCAUAUUCGACGUACUAGACGAGAGCUAUGUGUGGCAGCACAGGUUCCCGACAGUCAGCAGCCUCGUGAACGAUCACAUGAAGAGGCGGUGCUUCUCCUCCCAGGGCAUGCUCCGCAACGAAGCGCUGACUGGGCUGACGCUGCGGCCGGAUGAGACGCUGAGGGACAUCAGGCACACCUUCGGCUUCGGAUGA